AUGACCUCCAUUAUAAAAUUACACUGCCUCUCUGGAGCUGGGGAUGAAUCUCCUCCUUGUUAUGUGUUGCAAAUAGAUGAAUUUAAAUUCCUCUUAGACUGUGGCUGGGACGAGAAAUUCGAUACAGACUUUAUUAAGGAAUUAAAAAGGCAUGUAAACAGUAUAGAUGCAGUACUUUUAUCACAUUCUGACCCGUUACACUUAGGAGCACUUCCAUAUGCGGUUGGACAAUUGGGUCUUAACUGUCCAAUAUAUGCCACAUUACCUGUCUUCAAAAUGGGCCAAAUGUUUAUGUAUGAUUUAUAUCAGUCACAUAAAAAUAUGACCGAUUUUGACCUGUUUACUUUAGAUGAUGUUGAUACUGCAUUUGAUAGAAUAACCCAAUUGAAAUAUAAUCAGAGUAUUGAUAUGAAGGGCAAAGGUUUAGGACUCCGUAUAACACCAGUACCAGCAGGACAUCUUCUUGGUGGAACAAUAUGGCGUAUAGCCGCCCCGGGUGAAGAGGAUAUUGUUUAUGCACCAGACUUUAACCAUAAGAAGGAGAGGCAUCUUAAUGGGUGUGAAAUUGAAAAGAUUAUGAGACCAUCAUUGUUACUAUUAGGAGCUACAAAUGCAGAUUAUGUGCAGCAGAGGAGAAGGUUGAGGGAUGAAAAACUUAUGACAACAAUACUAACAACUUUACGGGGUGGUGGAUCUGUGCUGGUUUGCACAGACACAGCAGGGCGAGUCUUAGAGUUAGCUCACAUGUUGGAUCAGCUUUGGCGAAAUAAGGACUCAGGACUCGUUGCAUAUUCACUGUUACUCUUGUCAAAUGUCAGUUACAAUGUGGUAGAGUUUGCUAAGUCGCAGAUAGAAUGGAUGAGUGACAAGUUAACUCGUGCUUUUGAAGGUGCCCGAAGUAAUCCUUUUGCCCUACGACACCUGCAUUUAUGUCACUCUGUGGCUGAGGUCACUAGGACACCUGGGCCCAAGGUGGUGUUGGCUUCCUUCCCAGACUUAGAAUCAGGAUUCGCCAGAGACCUCUUCAUUUUAUGGGCUCAACAAUCACAAAAUUCUAUUGUAUUAACUGCCAGAACAUCACCAGGCACGCUUGCCAGAGAUCUCAUAGACAAGGGCGGCGACCGUACCAUAGAGAUGACAGUACGCCGCCGAGUGCGGCUAGAGGGCGCAGAACUAGAAGAGUUCAUGCAACAGCAACGGAGUAAAGUCAAGGAUCCUGUGAAAGAAGAAGUGGAUGGUUUAUCAUCAGAUUCGGAGUCGGAUGGUGAAUUGGAGAUGUGGGUGGUGACUGGGCGUCAUGACAUCCCCGUCCGCUCCGAGUAUAGAGCCGGGGGCUGCUUCAAGUCAAACAAAAGACACCACGCCAUGUACCCCUGUCACGAGGAUCGCACCAGGGCGGAUGACUACGGCGAAAUUAUACGGCCUGAAGACUACAGAUUAGCAGAAAUAGUUGAUGCUGAAGGGGAAAUACGUGACGUACCUCCCGCCCCACCGCAGAAACCUGAGCCUGAAGAGGAAAUAAUAGAAAUACCGAGUAAAUGCAUGUCUUCGGUGCGACAGAUAGCGAUUAAAGCUAGUAUUCAGUACAUAGAGUUGGAAGGAAGGUGCGACGGGGAGUCCCUACUUCGAGUCGUGGCACAUGCAAAGCCCAGGGCUAUAGUGGCGUUAAGGGCUGGACCUAAUGCUGUUAACACGCUGAGAAAACAUUGUGAGAAUGAAGGUAUAGAAAAAAUGUACACCCCUGGAAAAGGCGACGUAGUGGAUGCCACCACUGAAUCGCACAUUUACCAGGUAAAACUGACGGACAGUCUGAUGAGCGGUAUGUCUUGGCGGACAGCUGGAGAUGCGGAACUGGCCUGGUUGACAGCUACAGUGGCCGAACCUCGAGCUAGGGAACCUAACAGUGAAGAAUCAGUUCUAGACGACAUGAUAGCACUAGAGGCCUGUGAGGGUAACACACCGGGUCACGCGGCGGCAUUCAUCAACUCUUUGAAGCUUUCUGAGCUGAGAAGCGCUCUAGCCAAGCACGGGCUUAACGCUGAAUUUAACGCAGGAGCGCUGGAAUGCUGUAAUGGAACUAUCGCUAUUCGGAGGAUGGAGAGUGGUCGAAUUGCAUUGGAAGGAGUUUUAUCGGAAGAGUAUUACAUAGUAAGGGAAUUGCUCUAUGAUCAGUUCGCGAUCGUUUAA